UCAAUCCCAACAAAUGGAUCCAAAGCGGAAAAGCCCGUAAAAAAGAGGCCCAAUUUCAAGACCCACGACAUCUCUCUCUGCAAAUCCUCUUUCACAGAAAUGUUCUAUUUCGGAUUCGGAACAGAAAACCAACGAUUUUCAGCUUCCUCAAAACGAUAGGAUCCGAUUUCGGAUUUUGUUUUAUUCAUGGAAAGGUUCCUUUUCAGCUGUUGAGGGAGCCUCUAAGGUGACUUCUAGUUGAGAGUUGGAGAUGGCCAGUGGGAGUAAGGUAGAUGUGCAAACUUUGGAUUUGACGAAUAGGACUAUUGAAGACACCUUGCAGAGUGAGCUGGAAAGGAUACUGCAAGACCAGCGUAGUCAACAGUUUAUUAAUCGGGAUCGAGGUUUCGAUAUUUAUAGGAGUGGAAGUGCGCCUCCAACGGUCGAGGGGUCGUUAAGUGCUUUUGGUAGUUUGAGAAACUUUGAUUACGGAGCUAAUAAUGGUGGGAGGAGUAAUAAUACUAAUAAUAAUAAUAAUAAUAAUAAUAAUAAUAAUAAUGGAAUUUUGACUGAAGAUGAGAUUCGAUCACAUCCAGCGUAUCUUUCGUAUUAUUACUCACAUGAGAGUAUCAAUCCUAGAUUGCCGCCACCGUUGUUGUCGAAAGAAGAUUGGCGUGUUGCACAAAGGUUUCAAGUUGGUGGGUCUUCUUCAACUGAGGGAUUUGGGGAUUGGAGGAAGAAUGCAACCCCGAAUGGUGAUAGCUCGUCGCUUUUUUCAAUGCAACCAGAAUUUUCAGUAAAACAGGCCGAAAAUGAUUUGAUGGAGUUGAGGAAAGCCAGUGGACGGAAUCUCUCUAGGCAGAGUUCGCCUCAGAUGCUUGAUAGGCAUAUGGAUGGUAUAAGAAUGCCGGGAACUGGUUUAGGUGUGAGGAGGACAUGUUAUUCAGACAUUCUUCAGCAGGAUGGAUUUGAUCAACCUGCUAUGUCUAGCAAUAUGUCACGUCCAGCAAGUCACAAUGCAUUUGGUGAUAUCAGGGAUUCAACUGGCAUUGUUGAUCGCGAGUCCUUGGAGGGGUUGCGUUCAUCAGCCUCUACCCCUGGUUUGAUCGGACUUCAGAACCACAGUGUAAAUUCUCACAGUUUUUCAUCUGCUGUGGGUUCUUCUCUGUCAAGGUCGACGACCCCUGAAUCACACGUUAUUGGGAGACCUAUUAGAUCUGGACUUCCUCAUGUGGGUAGCGAAGUUUUCUCUGCUGAGAAAAGUGGUAUUGGCUUGGGUAACCAUAAUGGUCACUCUAACAAUAUGAACGAUCUUGCUGAUAUGGUGUCCUCUUUAUCAGCGUUAAACUUAUCAGGUGCUAGACGUGCAGAACAAGAUAGUCUUUUGAAAUCUAAGAUGCAGAUGGAAGUUAAUAAUCAUGCUAAUGUUCUGUUGAGCACACCCAACAAUGCUAAUUUGCCCAAACAUAAUGGUCUUGCAACAGAGCUGAAUACAUUUAGUUUGAAUGAGCGAGUCAAUCUACUGAAAAAAACUGCUUCUUUUGCUAGUCUCCGUUCAAAUGUGCAUUCUACUGGAAACAUAACAAGUUUGGCAAAUAUGGACUUCGCUGGCCAAGUUCCUGGUGCAUAUCCUGCAAACACAAAAGUGAAUAAUGUGUACAAUAAUCAUCUUGAUACAGCUCUGAGGGGUCGGAGAGAUGGACAAAAUUUAGAUGCAUUGGGAAAUCAAGUGGGUUCUGAAUUCAAUUCUGCAACUGUGGACCUACUGGACCCACGCAUCAUCCAAUGCCUGCAGCAAAGUUCUGAUUACUCCAUGCAUGGAAUGAGUAGUUCUGGUGAUCCUUUUCAAAUGAGAAAUUUCUCUGAUGCUUCACAUGGAGAUAUAGAGGGACUUCGGAAAGCAUAUCUUGAAACACUUAUUACUCAACAAAAGCAACUGUGUGAACUCCCACUUCUGAGCAAAUCUGGUCUUCUUAAUCAUGGGUUAUUUGGGAGUCAACCAUAUGGUCUUGGAAUGCCACAUUCAGGAAAGCAGAUGGCCAAUUCCUCACUUCCUUCUUUUGGAUCUGGAAAUCCACUAUUUGAGAAUGAACGUAUCUCACACAUGAAUUCUAUGAUGAGAAGUCCUAUGGGAGGUUCUGGCAGCUCAUGGCAUGCUGAUAUUGGAAAUAACAUGGAGGCUAGGUUUGCUUCAUCCUUGUUGGAUGAAUUCAAGAACAACAAAGCCAAACCUUUUGAACUUUCAGAUAUCACUGAUCAUGCUGUACAGUUCAGUACUGAUCAGUAUGGUAGCCGCUUUAUUCAGCAGAAAUUAGAAACAGCAUCAGUAGAAGAGAAGAACAAGAUAUUUCCUGAGAUAAUUCCUCAUGCUCGUGCCUUGAUGACUGAUGUCUUUGGCAAUUAUGUCAUACAGAAAUUUUUUGAGCACGGUACUAAUAGUCAAAGAAAGGAAUUGGCCAACCAACUUACAGGUCAUGUUUUACCUCUUAGUCUGCAAAUGUAUGGUUGCAGAGUGAUUCAGAAGGCCUUGGAGGUGGUUGAUGUUGAUCAGCAGAGCCAAAUGGUGUCAGAGCUCAGUGGCGCAAUAAUGAAAUGCGUACGUGACCAAAACGGAAACCAUGUUAUUCAAAAGUGCAUAGAGUGUGUCCCUCAAGAUAGAAUUCAGUUUAUCAUCUCAUCUUUUUAUGGGCAAGUUGUUGCACUUUCUACUCAUCCUUAUGGGUGCAGAGUUAUUCAGAGGGUUCUAGAACAUUGUGAUGAUCUAAAUACUCAAGAAAUUAUCAUGGAUGAAAUUAUGCAAUCUGUCUGCACCUUAGCACAGGAUCAAUAUGGAAAUUAUGUUAUUCAGCACAUCCUCGAACAUGGUAAACCACAUGAACGGACUAUUGUUAUCAGCAAGCUUGCGGGACAAAUUGUUAAGAUGAGCCAGCAAAAAUUUGCUUCUAAUGUCAUCGAGAAGUGCUUGGCUUUCGGCUCUCCUGACGAACGUCAAAUUUUGGUGAAUGAAAUGCUCGGCACCUCUGAUGAGAAUGAGCCCUUACAGGCGAUGAUGAAAGACCCGUUUGGAAAUUAUGUUGUGCAAAAGGUUCUGGAGACUUGUGAUGAUCAAAGUCUUGAGCUGAUUCUUUCUCGCAUCAAGGUUCACUUGAAUGCCCUAAAGAGAUAUACUUACGGCAAACACAUAGUUUCUCGUGUGGAGAAAUUGAUAACCACCGGAGAAAGGCGCAUAGGAUUGUUGGCCUAAUUUCUCACAUUAUCAAACAUCGUAACCGAAAGUCUCGAGUACAAGAAGAGUCCAAUUUCUAAUCAUCACAUUACUUUUGUACAGUCAAAGUAGAUGUUAAUAUCACAAAUUUCCUCUGCAAGCGAUAGUUAUGUAAAGCAUUGGAGAUAAACACGGUCGGUCAGCCGGGUGACUGGAAUAACUACUUUUUCAUUUUGCUUGGUUUUAUUACUACCACAAGAAAAUCUCUGUAGUGAGAGAGUUAAACUUAGGAUGUCAAGAUUAGAGAGUCACGACAAUGUGUAUUUAUUGUGUAUGUAUGAGGUCCAUUGUCUGUAAAGGAAAUAAUGGCAAAUAAGUAGUUGCAGUAACUAGAGUCACAAGAUCAGACUCUAAACUCUCAUUUCAUAUAUGUAAAUAAUAUGCUCCAACUUUCUUGAGUGCA